GGACAACUGAGGACCUCCUUCUCAGAUCAGAAUGGCAGAGGAGUGGGGAAAACCAGUGUUUGCUGCCCGGCGGUACAAUGAAGAGACAACAAGGGGAUCUGCCUUUACUUACACAAACACCAAUCACACCAAAGAUCCCUUUGAAGGUCCCAACUACCACAUUGCUCCUCGAUGGGUUUACAACGUUGCCACAGUCUGGAUGUUUUUUGUGGUCGUAUUAUCGGUCUUUACCAAUGGCCUCGUCUUGGUGGCCACAGCAAAGUUCAAGAAACUCCGUCAUCCUCUAAACUGGAUCUUGGUUAAUCUUGCCAUCGCUGACCUUGGAGAGACAGUCUUUGCCAGCACCAUCAGUGUGUGCAACCAGUUUUUUGGUUAUUUCAUUCUCGGACAUCCAAUGUGUGUCUUUGAGGGUUACACUGUCUCAACCUGUGGUAUUACUGCUCUUUGGUCCUUGACUAUCAUCUCCUGGGAGAGAUGGGUGGUUGUGUGCAAACCUUUUGGAAACGUUAAGUUUGAUGCCAAGUGGGCCACUGGUGGAAUCGUGUUCUCCUGGGUCUGGGCAGCAGUAUGGUGCGCUCCCCCCAUGUUUGGAUGGAGCAGGUACUGGCCUCAUGGACUGAAAACUUCUUGUGGACCUGAUGUGUUCAGCGGGAGUGAUGACCCUGGAGUCCAGUCCUACAUGAUUGUUCUCAUGGUCACAUGUUGUCUUCUUCCCCUGGCCAUCAUCAUCCUGUGUUAUCUUGCAGUGUGGUUGGCCAUCCGUGCUGUUGCCAUGCAGCAGAAGGAGUCAGAGUCCACACAGAAAGCUGAGAGGGAAGUAUCCAGGAUGGUCGUGGUCAUGAUCUUUGCUUAUUGUCUGUGUUGGGGACCUUACAUUUUUGCCUGCUUUGCUGCUGCCAACCCUGGGUAUGCAUUCCAUCCUCUGGCUGCUGCCAUGCCUGCAUACUUUGCUAAGAGCGCCACCAUCUACAACCCAAUCAUCUACGUCUUCAUGAACCGACAGUUCCGCACAUGCAUCUUGAAGCUUUUUGGCAAAGAAGUGGAGGAUGGUUCUGAAGUGUCCACAUCAAAAACAGAAGUCUCCUCUGUGGCUCCUGCAUAA